AUGGAGGAAGCCGUAAAAAUACGCAACCUAAAAAACAAAGAAGAGAGCGCCAUGGGCGCACACAACAAGAAGAGCGUGGCCGACAUGGACAAAGAAACAACAAAAAGGCUAGAAGAAAUCAACAGGAGCAAGGAGGAGGAAGAAAACAAAAUAAACGAGAUGUACGAGCGCAGCCGUGUUGAAUUUGUGAACUCGCUGAACAUGGACGUACCAAAAACCAUUUUUUUGCAGGUUCCGGGUGUGCUUUUCGCAUGUGCCCUCCUUUCGUAUCUGAUCGGCCGCCUCCGCCUUAACUUCUCGUUUCUUGUGCUUGUGCUGUACGGCAUGUACUUUCUGUUCUCGAGGAACGUGGCAAAGUUUAAGAAAAGUAUGGCAGCACUCGUUUUCAGGGAUGAAAGGCGCAGGAAGGUGUGUGAGCUUGAGUCGGUUGAGUGGAUGAACUUUGCGAUCGAGCGGGUGUGGAAAAUUAUUGAGGCUGAGGUGAGCAAAGAGGUGUUUCGGGUUGUUAAUCCGAUCCUUGCCGAGAAAUGCCCAUCGUUUCUCUCUCAGCUGGUGCUUUCUGAGUUUACGCUUGGCUCGCUGCCACCCACCCUUAAGGGCAUUUCGUUUGACCCGCGGGCCGCACAGAACGUCAUCUCAUUCGAUGCCGAGGUAUUCUUUGUGCCGCUUGAGACCGGCCGUGGUGCUGCUAUGAUGUGCCUGAGUGACAGCAUGAACUGGAACUCACGAAUCGUUCUCACGGCUCGGCUUGGUCUGAAUGUGAAGGGAAAGGGCCUGGACAUCCCCAUCAUGGUGCGUAACCUUUCGUUUUCAGGUCGUGCACGCAUCAUCCUCACGCUUGCCAAGUCACUGGUCACACCGCUUGUUUCUGUUGAGGUGUGCUUCCUGACAGCUCCACAGAUCGACUUUGAUCUAUGCCCUCUCAAAUCAAUCGAUCUCAUGAACAUGCCCGGUCUGAGCACCUUCAUCCACACCCUGAUAAACUCCAACCUACAGAAAAUGCUCGUAGACCCGAAUUCGAUCACAGUCGAUCUCAGGAAGAAGGGCAAGGAGGAGAUCGCACCGCAAGGCGUCGUGCUGCUGCACAUAUACUCGCUCGACAACACGAGCGACAUGUCGUGUCGUGCAGACAUUGACGUAGAUGGCCGCAGACUGUACAAGACGGAGAAACGUGAGGGCACACGUAUCGUGUACAACGAGUACUUCUACGUGGUGGUGCACAACCGGGAUGAUACGAUCAACGUGAAUUUUACCAGCAUGGCAGUGAAUGUGAGCCACAAGUACGGCACGGCAGGCGUGUGUCUGAAGAAGUUGCGCAGCAUCGGUAACGUGCUGCAGGACAUAAAGAUAUGGAGGAAAGGUGCAAUACGCGCCGUACUGGAGACAGACAUCAAGUACUACCCGGUUCUGCACGGUCCCGUGGUGCCAAAUCAGCACAUGGCUGCACAAGCCGUUCUUAUCAUCACAGUGCAGCAGAUUGAGAACCUCCAGGGGCAGCGAAAACCACGCAACCGGUUGUACAACGCGUUCUGCCAGGUGAUGGUGUGUGAGGCACUUUCGGGCAAGUUGCAGCGAAAGGACGAAAGUAUCAGCGAUUUUUUCACUGGAGCACUCAAAAGUGCAGGGUCGCUGUCCAAGAACAUUGCAGGCGUGCUGACCAAAAAUUUGAAAAGCGGGUUUAACACGCUCACGAGCACGGGGGACACAGAAGAGGACACUGAAGUACUGCAGGGAGCAUCACAUAGCACGAUGUUCGUCGGGCGCACGCAUCGCGUGAUGGAAACACGUUCACCUUUCUUUGACGAGAAGUUCGAGGUGUUCAGCCGUAACAUCCAGAAGGACGUGCUGUACCUGACAGUGAUUGACCAGCAGGAAAGUGAAAACGAGGUGAUAGGCACGGUAGACAUACCGUUACGUGACGUAUAUGAUGGUACAGAGGAGUUAUACAGGAUCAAAGGUGCGCAGCAAGGCCGUGUUAAGCUGUCUUUUGCUGUGCACUACAUCACGCCAUUCAUAUCGCCGUUUAAGCGAUACGUGCACGCAGUGCGCGUACGCCUCGAAAAGCUCGUUACCACGUAUGACGAGGGCAUAUUCUACGCCAUAAUCAAGAACAAGCGCGAGAGCUUUUUCAUUGACAACUUCUGCUACGGUGACUUGCCCAUCAACCGCGAGAUAAUCGUGCCAGCAGAGAGAGAUGACCGGCUGAGGAUGUUCCUUUUCAGAGAGAAUUUCAAUGAGAGUGAUUUUAUCGGCGAAGGGAUGGUUGAUGUCGUGGGAGGUGCGCAGGAGGUUGAAAUCGUUGAACGUGGGGAAUUGGAGGGCACCGUAACGGUGAAUGUUGAGGUUGAAGAGCUGAACGGUGUUGGUUGUGUGCGAUGUACGCGUGAAAGCGGCAUUGGUGAUGAACUUCCCAACAACAAGGCACGAGACGAUGUGAUUGCACCGACUGCUGAUGCGCAGAUCACAGAUGAAAAUGUUCUGGACAUGGAAGAGCCGCCAGCGCCUGGGAAACCGAUCGCAGAGCCUAACGACGAAAUAAGCGAGAAGGCAUGCGCGGUGCACAGAGACCAUCUGAGCGAAAUUAAUCCACAUGAAAGCGAGGCAUCAAGCACGUAUCUGAGGAGAGAUGUGGUGAAAACCAAGGCUGACACCUCCGCCAGCAUGUACCACGUAGUGCAGGUAGCCUUUCGGCACUUUGAGGGCGUGAACGAAAAUUUCUUCAUUGAGUUUGUGUGCGAUGACGAGGUGAUAAAGAAAAGCGGGCUGAUCAAAGUCCGAGCGGGUACGGCAGACAGUGACACCCAGGGUGUGCUUGGCAUGUAUGAGCACUGCCACCUAAACAGCAAUUGCGAGGUGUUCACGCUGCUGUGCGGCGAAAGCGUGGUGCGCGCUAAGCUGCGUACAGCAGCGUUUGGGAAGACCAAAGUGGUCGGAGAGUGCGUAAUUCCUAAGAAAUGCAUGGAAGAGAAGGUCUCGCUGGGCGGUGACGUGCACGUUUUGAUGACAGUAUGUGCACAGCAGGCAUGCUUCAAGUGGAAGGAUUACUUCAAGGUGGGUUAUCUCGAGAUACGCAUUCUUGGCGCGACGAAGGUACGCGGCGUUGAGAAGAACAGCAUGUCUGAUCCGUACGUCAAGGCGUACCUCAACAACACAAAGGUGUACAAGACGAAGACCAUUCAGAACACGGUGAACCCGUCCUUCAAUGAAAAUUUCUUCUGCAAGGUUAACAUAAUGACGGAUGUGCUCAGAUUUGACAUAAUCGACUGGAAUAGAAUCGAAACGGACCAGCUGAUCAGUUUUGUGGAAAUCCCCCUGUAUUUCGUAGUUGAAGGGUUCACGGAGGUGAAACUGCAGCUCAUCGAUGCGCUGAAGAUGAGAAAAGACGGGUCGUACCUGCAUUUAGGAUUUGUGUUUAACAAAACAUAUAAGGGCGAGGAUAGUGUCAAGAAGAUUGCAGCAAGCAUUUUCAUUUGAUGUGAUUGAAUUAAAAUCAGUUUCGUUAGUGGAGCGUGAGUAAAAUUGGUGCCAUUAAACGGUUCAGUAAAUCGGUAUGGUACGGUCUGCGUUCAGCACAAUAUUGAAAUGUGCCGUCCAUGCCAUGACAAACGAUUUGCAGCGCUUUCGUAUUUACCAUGGCUACGAAGAAAAGGUGCUUCAUCAGAUAAUCUGUAGAUGGAAAUAAUAAAUAAACGUACCUCUAG